AUGGACGUGGUUGUGCGCAAAAAACACAGAGGACACCAGGAGUUUGCUGUCCAGGCCCAGCACUUGAAACUGUCGGACCUAGGACUGAGACUGAAAGCUCAGGGCUUUCACAACAAUUACCUCUUCAAAGACAACAUCCUAGAAUACCCAAGGCCAGAGUUCCGGGUUUCCCAGCUCAGACACGACAUGAAUGAAGGCGGGCUAUUUGGCAUAGCCGUCGAUAGCCAAGGGGGGGUUCCGUGCUAGGGACCGAGAGGAGGGGCCAGAGGACCCAGAAGAGGGGCCAGAAGGUUUGGACCUGCUGUGGUGGAGCUUGUCUUUGGGAGUGGAGGAGAUGGCCUCGGCUGAACAGGGUCUGCUCCAGGCCAGGUACCCUGACAGGACGGAGGAGCAGGCCAGGGAGCAGACAUCCUUCCUGCAGAGGUUCGCCACCUCACCUGCCUUCCUGGACACCUCCAGGCUGGGCUCCUACCGCUUCACCUAGCCCCUGGAGAAGCUGCUCAAGAGAUACCGGGAACAGGUACUGAAGUCUUAAUAGUGGAACAGUUAAAAUAUAUGUAGAAUAAACAUACAGGACUGCUGGGUAGUAUCAAUGGAGGCUGCUGAGGGGAAGACGGCUCAUAUCAAUGGCUGGUACGGAGCAAAUGGAAUGGCAUCAAACACAUUGAAACCAUGUGUUUGACGUAUUUGAUACCAUUCCACCAAUUCCAUUAAGGUACCACCAACCUCCUGUGCUGGGUACAUACCGAGACCAUGUGAGAAUUUGUGGUCAAAUAAUUGAAAGAAACAAGAUCAUGUAAUUUAAUGAUAAUAAAUUAUUAUUAAUAAUAAAGGUAUUUGUCUUUUUGUUUAGCUAUGUUUUGGACACGAGCCAAUCCUGCGUGUGUAUGAGACAGUGCUGUACAAACAGGAGGUGAUGUACUCAGUGCAAGUCCACAGUCACUUCAACAACGACCUCUUUGAGAAGUACCCUCUCCUCCAGGACAAUGAUGAUGGAGUCUGUAUUACAGAGAUGGAUAGAUCAUCUGGAGACCCGAGGACAUGUGUGAGACACACAGGUUAGAGUGUGUGCGUGAGUGUAAUUCACAGAUAAAUGUAAACAAUGUGCCGACUCAAAACGUUCCCAUGCAAUGCUAAAUAUAUCAGUUACUUUAGAUGUAACAGCAAUAGUAGCUACAAAAAUCACUCUCAAUUCUAGCAUGGGAUGCCUUAAUUACAACUUGAAUUAACUCACACUUUCACUUCCUUUCCACAGCUUCAAACUGGUGCCAAAGCCCUACCAGAACCAGGAUGUAGCCCACCUGAUCCCUGAUCCACAGAAACACCAGUUCUACGUUUGGGACAACGUUGCUGUAGCGUUCCACAUGGAUGAUUCACAGGUUAGAUUUCACAUUAACUUUAUUGAUGGGAUCAAUAAUGUUUCUACCGGAAAGUAACAGGGUGUAAAUGAUUUAGUUCUAGCCCAACUCUAACACACCUGAUUCAAUUAAUCACCUAAUUAUCAAGACCUUAAUUAGUGUAGUCUUUGUGUAAGUGCUGCCUGGAACAAAACCCUGCACACCCUGUAUCUCUCCGGGACAGGUUUUAAGACAACUGCUUCGUUGGCAUAACUUUUAAAGGUACAACAAUGUUGACAAAGCAGUGAAUAGGAAUACUUUACAAUCAGCAAUCAAAAGUCUAGCUAUCACUUAAGAUGAUUAAAUAUUCUGUUCCUAUCAGAUGUUGACCUUCGAUACAUACAAUUUGAGAGAUCAUCUGAGAUUCUGUGAGCCGGGACAGCGACCAAUUUACCCCGACUGCGAAUUCACCACAUACGAGGAGGCCAAGGAGAUGGUGGACUGCUAUUGGCCUUACUACCAUACCCCCCUGUACUGAUAAACUUUCUACCACACCCCAAUGUUCUGAUAAACGUACUACUAGAAUGAUGAUGCAGCGGCCAUAACACCUGCAAAUCUG